UCCCCGGCUCAGCAGCUUCCUUAUCCCUGGUUCUUCCUUAUCCCCGCUCAAGGAUCGAUUCGUCUUGUAUUCCUAGUCGAACUACUGAAGGAAAUCGCCCUACACUGCUGUUAUUAUGGUCAAGGAUACACCGGUUUACCCAAUUCCCUCUGUGGACCGCCAGCGAAAACGAAGGCUGCAGUUUGAUGAAACGCCUCCACGAUCCCCUGACUUGGACGAGGCCGCCAAUUCGCUAUUGCUGGACGAUAAUCUCCCGCUAUAUGCUAGGACUAUAAUCGGAUACUUGCUGGAAAGCCGCAAACAAAUGGAGUCGAUUGUCAGAAGCAAUCAUCAAAAAACCAGUCGGAAGCCGAACCAACUUCUGUGGAUCAAAUCGGAACAAAUCUUCCGAGUCAAACCGACGUGGAUCAAAUCGGAUGGCAGGAACAAGAAAGAAGACGAUCGUUGGUACUGGCUGGAAUUCCGGAAUAUCGUGGUGGACCAAGCAGCGUAAGAGUUAAUCAUGAUUCGAAUUGCGUUUGUCAGAUUUUCGAUUUUUUGAAUAUUGAUUGUGCCCCCAUUGCAAUUUACCGCAUGGGGAGACCUAGUUUUU